AUUGUUUGGAGAGUUGCGACAGUCAAAAGCACACGUCAGAUAAAUUUCAAUGGAGACACGCAGAAAGUAAUAUUUUUUAUUCUAAAUGGUAGUUUUAAUUGAAAAAUCAGGUGUUGAUCUUUACCUAACAAACUGUUAAACAUUCGUAGUGUAAUGAAAUAGUGAAUAAUGAGAAAAUACAACGUGAGGGAGCGAAUAAUGGCAAGACUCCUGCUACUAUCGCUCAUGGCAACUGCAGCUGUGGCAGAUUCUGCUGUGCCCACGGAAAAUAUGUCCACCAAGGAGCGCAAUGAGCUCAAGGAAGAGGCCAGAGAAAUGUUCUACCACGGCUACCAUGCAUACCUGGAGAAUGCCUUUCCGGCUGAUGAACUGAUGCCCCUCAGCUGUGCUGGACGCUACCGAGGAAUCACUCCAUCGCGGGGAGACAUGGAUGAUGUUCUGGGAAACUUCUCAAUGACUUUGGUAGACACCCUGGACACUUUAGUGAUCCUUGGGGAUCUUGAGGAGUUCGAGCAUGCAGUCAAGCUAGUGAUUCAGAAUGUCUCUUUCGACAACAAUAUCAUAGUGUCAGUUUUUGAGACCAAUAUCCGGAUGAUUGGGGGACUCCUCUCUGCCCACAUCCUGGCUGAAUACAUCCAAAAAGAAGCCAAUCUUAUGAUGUGGUACCGUGGAGAACUCCUGGAAAUGGCCAAAGAUCUCGGGUAUCGUCUUUUGCCAGCCUUCAACACUUCCACGGGCAUUCCCCAUGCCCGAGUCAAUCUGCAAACGGGCAUGAAGAGUGACGAACUGAGACACUCCCGAGAAACCUGUACAGCAUGCGCUGGGACAAUUCUGCUGGAAUUUGCAGCACUUUCCAGGCUCAGCGGUGAGCCAAUCUUCGAGGCAAAAGCCACAAAAACCAUGGAUGCUCUGUGGAAGAUUCGCCACAGGGGUUCCGAUCUCAUGGGAACCACCCUAAAUGUUCACUCUGGCGACUGGAUUCGACGGGAUUCGGGCGUUGGAGCAGGAAUUGAUUCCUAUUACGAGUACUGCUUGAAGUCGUAUGUCCUUCUGGGCGAUGAGCGCUACUUGGCACGCUUCAAUCGCCACUACAACGCUGUGAUGAAGUACAUUAGCCAGGGACCGAUGCUUCUGGAUGUUCUAAUGCAUCGUCCCCAUGCCAAAUCGCGCAAUUUCAUGGACGCCCUCCUGGCCUUCUGGCCUGGGCUUCAGGUACUCACGGGAGACCUGAAACCAGCCGUUCAGACACACGAGAUGCUGUAUCAGGUGAUGCAGAUGCAUACCUUCAUCCCCGAGGCCUUCACUUUUGACUUCCAGAUCCACUGGGGGCAGCAUCCACUGCGACCAGAAUUCAUCGAGUCCACGUACUUCCUGUACAAGGCAACUGGUGAUCACUACUACCUCCAGGUCGGCAAAAAAGUGUUGAGGACGCUACAACAACACGCCAAAGUGCCCUGUGGCUAUGCUGCAGUUAAUGAUGUUCGGACUGGGAAGCACGAAGACCGAAUGGAUUCCUUUGUACUGUCGGAAACCUUUAAGUACCUCUACUUACUCUUUGCCGAUGAUUCCGAGCUCAUCCUAGAUCUCGAUGACUUUAUCUUCACCACCGAAGCCCACCUGUUGCCCCUGUCACUAGGUCAAUUCACAAAUGCCACGACGGAUUUCAAAGAUGAAGAUGAGUACCACAUGUUGGACUUUAUGCGAUCCUGCCCGAGUCCCAACAAGUUAUUUCCUAACACCGUACGAAGACCAAUUAGGGAUUUGGUCACUGGGGUUUGUCCCCGAGUGUCCAGCAACAAGCGACUCCGUGCCCAGGACUUUCAAGUCAGCAAUGCGGAUCAUCUUCGCACUGUCUAUGACAUGGGCAUCACGAUGGUUUCGCUAGGAGAGGGCAAAGUUCAGCUUCUGCACAGUUUCUACAAUGCCAAGUCUCCAGAGGACGCAGAACGAGGACUGCUCUUCAUGCAGGAGAUGGUGGAACUGUCGAAACAACAAGCGGCCAGUCCGACGAUGCAAUUGCAGGCGGUAUUCUUCAAAAAGCCCGAUGGGAGUUAUGAAAUCCUCAAGGCCGGUCCUAGUCACUUCAGUCCUGAACUCACUGAUGAUCAAUCCGUCCACCAGAAAGCCGUUCUCGCUGAGCCACAUCGACUCUGCUCCGCCUUAAAGAACUCAAUAGAGAACAGAAUCGCAAUAAUUGAGCGUGGAGAUUGCACGUUUAUUGAGAAGGCGCGAGCUGCCCAGAAGGGGGGAGCCCUGGCGGUGAUUAUCAUUGACAACACAGCCAACACUUCAAGUGAUAACCAGCCAAUGUUUGCAAUGUCUGGCGAUGGCAAGGAUGACGUAACGAUUCCCGUUGUCUUCCUCUUUUCGGCCGACGGGGCGAUCCUCAAGAAGGCCCUCCAGGACAGUCCAGAUUUGGAAAUAAAUAUAAUGCAAAUGAUGGCCUUAGGCAAGAAAUUGGCGAACGAACUUAAUGUACUGAGAAACACGGUAAACUGGUUAAACUGAACUAUAAACAAAAAGAAAAUUUUGUGAUAAAUGUGAAACUAAAAAAACACAAAAGUAAUACAAAGACGAAGAGAUUGCGAGAGCUUUUUUGUUUUUUUCCUGUAUCAUAUCGAAGGUAGAGAAAAUGCCAGAGUUCGUGAGUGGAGAUUUUUUCAUACAACAAAGAAAUUACAAGAUAGAAAAGUUAAAGAAAUUUGUCUGUAAAUAUUGUAUAAAAGGAGUGUUGAAGUAUGGUAGAGACAUUUUUUUUUUGUGAAGAGAAUUCUAGCUCCUUGGAAAUCCAAUACCUGUACAUUCAAAUCUAUCCUCGUAAUUGUUUUUAAUUACCCAAAAAAAAAAUUUUACGAUAAUAAAUUCUUGUAAAUAAAAAAAAGCGAAGUGAA